AUGAUGUUUCGUGUGGGGAGAGCAGCUCCUACGUUGGGCGAGAUUACACAGCCAAAUUUACGACUGACUAGGUUAAUAUUUGAAACUAGAGCUGUCAUGGUAGAUUGGGUGCGAAGAGUUGGUAAGGAAAAUGGUUUUGUGAUUGUUAUAAGUAAAUCUGCUAGUAUAAAGGGCAACAAGAUGACGAAAUGCAUUUUUAUAUGUGAAAGGGGAGGAUUGUACAGACCGCCACCGGAAGGGCAUUCAAUGCAAAGGAUUACUGGAACUAAAAAAUGUGAUUGCCCGUUUAAGCUGCGAGGUGUACCACAACCUCCAGACUGUGUCAUGUGGAGUUUGAAGGUUGUUAAAGGUUUUCAUAACCAUGAACCAGCUAAAAGUUUUGAGGGACAUGAGUACCCGUCAAGGUUAACCCCAAUCCAGCAGCAAUUAGUUCGUGACAUGUCUAGCAGUACCGCGCCUCGAGAAAUUCUUAAUUUCCUGAGACAACAAGACUCGUCAAUUAGUACAGGAAUCAGGAGUAUUUACAAUGUGAAGGCACAAUAUAAGAAAGAGCAACUAGGGGGUCUAUCUCCUAUUGGGUACGUCUUGAAUGAAUUAAAGGAGAAAAAUUACAUUUACGACUAUCAUACAAAUGAACACACCAACGAAAUCACAGAUAUUCUUUGGGUUCAUCCUAGAAGCCUAGAGCUAUCUGUCAAUUUUUUCAUCCGUGUUGAUUAUUGA